AGAUAUGGGAGAGCAAAGGACGGCUUGGUACAUGUCGUCUAGUAGUAGGGGACCGAAAACCACCACUGAUUAUGUCAGCGCAGACAAUCUCAGUUGCCCAGGGAGCCGGCGUUUAGUUUUUCCUCCUCCGAUCACUGCGCGUCAUUCAUUUACAGUCGCGACGCGUCUCAGCGCACGCGUGCCUCGAAUCCGUGGUGCACUUCAAGUUCGUGUACUAGUAAUACUACAUACAGUUCUACAACCCUCAACGCCCUGAGACAUCGAGCACAAACAAUAUAGUACCUAUUUCGAACAAGAUGCUACGCACUGAGGCUCGAUUCGAGCCCAAGCGGAAGAGAAUCGACCACAAGAAGACCCAAUUUGCCAACGCCAGUUACAAAGACCAGGACUACCCGUACAGAUUAUCGUUCUACGAUGUGCCACCGACACAGGAAAUCAGCCUGGAGGAGUUUGAGAUAUGGGCAAUUGAUAGAUUGAGAAUUCUCGCGGAGAUCGAGACAUGCUCAUUCCGCAACAAAUCGCCACAAGAGACGGCGACGCAUCUGGAACCACUGCUCAAAAAAUAUCUGCCUCUGUCCUCGAAUUCCUCUGCCGCUGGCGGCGUGGUAGACGGGCGCCUUCGAAAAGAACGCCGGAAGGACCACUACUCGCACUUCAUCCUACGAUUAGCAUUUUGCAAAACAGAAGACCUGAGGCGACGGUUUGCUCGGGCCGAGACGAUGCUAUUCAAGCUUCGAUUCCAAGCGGACGACAGCCGCGAACGGCGAGCCUUCAUUGAGAGUUUGAACCUGAGUUGGGAAGUGGUUUCAGAGGAAGAAAAACGGGAACUGGGAGAACAGCUACUAGCAGCAACACCUGGCCUCCGCCGACUCGAGGAAGAAAGCUGGUUUAAAGUCGACUGGACGCGUGUUCCCGAACUGGUCGAGCACCGCACGGUUCUAGUCAGAAAAGGAAAAGCAUAUGUUCCCAUGCGCGAACAAACAAGCAUGGUUCUGACCGAGUUCUCGAACCGAUUGGAAAAAGCACUCGAAUUGACCGCCCGCAUCCGACCACGACUAGACGAAGACGACCGAUUGACUCCGAUCCUCGACCACUUCUCAAAGAACUUUGCCACUCCGGACGCCGGCUUCAGCGAGUCCGACGGUGCGCUUGCAGGCGCACCCAUCACCGCCGCCAAUAUCGACGCCCUUUCGCAACAUUUCCCACUGUGCAUGAAGCAUUUGCACCAGACACUACGGAAAAACAGCCACCUCAAACAUUUCGGUCGUUUGCAAUAUACCCUUUUCCUGAAAGGAAUUGGCUUGUCGCUGGAAGAAUGUUUGAUCUUCUGGAGACAGAGUUUCAAAAAUAUCACCGACGACCAAUUCAACAAGGAAUACCGCUACAACGUACGACACAGCUACGGUGAUGUCGGGGGCGACGCCAAUCGCCGCGGCCGCGGCUAUGCCCCUUAUUCGUGUCAGAAGAUCCUGACGGAGCAUCCGCCCGGAACCGGAGAAGCCCACGGCUGUCCGUACCGCCAUUUCAGCAUCGACAACCUCACCAGCUUACUACAGGCCACGGGCGUGCACGAUCGAGAUGUCCUCCGCGGCGUGAAAGAGGAUGUCGAGAAGAAGCGCUACCACAUCGCCUGUAAUCGGGUUUUUGAGUGGGCCCACAGGGCCGAAAUCAAAAAGGUCAAAGACGAAGGGAUCUGGGGUCCCGCCGAACUCGAAACCAUUGUUCACCCAAAUACCUAUUUCAAGAGAUCGUAUCUUCUGAAGAACCUGGGGAAUCUGCCUAAGCAGGAUGUCAAAAUGGAGGAAUAAACGAGCAGCAUUGAACUGUGCAUGCGUGUUAUUGCCUCGGAGGAAUAGGAUCCUGUGUCGGGACGGGAAGGGAGGGAGAAGAAUGAGAGGUUUCCGUUCCCCAGCCUUUUCCGUCUCUGUGAGGCAUGUCAAGCAAUGGCGAUGGCGAUGGCGUUGACUAUGUGGCGUUGGACAUGAUGGAUGGGUCGGUCACUUGCUUGUUACUUCUUCGACACUACAGCUGAAUACGAUAAAGUGUACGGGCUCUGAUUCAUGCCAUGUGAGGUGCCUCACGCAUUCAUGCUAUCUAUGGUGGCGAACGACGGUGUUUGUGGUCAGGAUCGGCAUCAACGAGAACCAGGCACAGGUGCUGUACCUAAUUACUGCUGCUGAUUGUUCCCUCCUAAGAUUCCGAGAUGAAGCAGAAGAACCUGAAAGACGACUCCUGACGAUAACAAUGCCGAGGACACGAGACUCGUACGUAGCACAGCAGCACGCCUAUAUUUGUUCGCGUCGUACCCAGGUAUAAAGCGUUUGUUUGUUUUUUCUAUUCUGCAAAAUCCCGAUACUAAGGGAUUCGUUUGAGAUGAUGGCCCGAUCCCAACUCUGUUCUUCGCCUUUCGCAAGGUCGGUCUACAACGUUGAACCAUCCCAGUUCCCGAGAAUGUCGUCCGUCGACGUCGUCGUCGACGCUGUCGUUGGCCUUGUUACUUCCCCACAAUCAGCAGCAAACUAUUAGCAAGACAUAUAUAUUUACAAAUCCGAGCCCUGUGAUUUCGAUGGACUCAGAUCAGGACUCUGCCGUCUCAACGGGAUUCCAUUCCGGAUCGAUCUCAAAGCACUGGUUCAAAUCCAAACCUUCAGUCUGCCAGCUUUGUACCGGCGGAGGAGGAGUUGUGCCUUGGUCACGAGCGUCGGCGAUUUUCGCGGCUGUCAAGACCGCGUCCCAACCGGCACUCGCGACAUGGGGAGGGAGCAGAAACUCGGGCCACGUCUCUUCUAUAGGCAUGUUGUAGUAUCCAAAGUCGAGUCUCUCCACUGCCAGUACAUUCUGGGUAUCUGGGUUGACGUGCGCGAUUCGCCAUGGUCCAGGGACAUGUAUCGAGCCGAGCAACAACUUGUGGCGGGAAUCAUACAAUUUGGGUGAAGUUUCAACAUUAUCGCCGUCACUGCCUUCGGACCUCGUGGUAUGGGCGUCCAGCCCCAUGUCGGGUUCAGGUGUGGUCGCGCCGCCCGGGGCCUUUGCAAUGGCGUAUUUGCCCGGUCGUGUGCCGCUGUAGUCUGAGGCCUCGGGGUUCUGCUCCACUGCCUGCUCUCUGGCGAACGUAUUUACCAACUGACGUAGUUCGAUUAAGUCUUCGUACUUCUCAAACUGUCUGGUUUUCAGACUGGUGAUGACCCCUCGGAGUCUGUCAUACAUGCUGAUCAGUUUCGACGGCCAUUGUUGUUCCUGCUUGUGCCAGUCAAUAACUUCGUCAAAAUCCUUCACAUCGUAAGACCUAUUACCGGUUAUGAUCAUG